UAUUCUGUCUUUCUUCCCCUUGCAGAGAUGGAUUGCGUGCCUUGGCUGAGCUGCGCAGCUGCUGCAGAGAUCUCACGGCGGCGCAGAUGAAAGUAUCGGUCUGGGCUUUGUCGCAGCACCGAGAGCUCGCCCCUUCGGCCCCGUCUCGUGAUCAUCAUCACAUCCAUCGCCAAAAACGCCGUGCCGUGCACACCCACGACAACCAACAUUCGAGCGGAUGAUAAGAGAAAAGCCGAUAGGUCGAUAAAUAGCCUAAAUAUGGCGUCUAUAACCGCAUUAUAACCGUAAACAUCGACUGACGGUAGGGACUAUUGCCUCGAUAACCUAACCGCGCAACAGAAGAGGAGGAAAGACGCACUUGUUCAGGAACAUCAUUGUAGGCUGCUCACUGGCCCAAAGAGACAUGAGACAACUGCAGGAGGCAGGUAACUAGGCAACAAUAGAAACACUGCACGCGCCACGGCGGGAUAACAUGGGGUACAAGUACCCCGGGGCAGCGAUGGACCGCGUCAGCUUGCUGUGGCGUCUACGUCGCCGGGCUCGUCGCGGGGCGCUGUGUAUGGGCCUCUUCUGCAUCUCCAUGGCAAUGCUCUAUGCCCUCUGCGCCGAGAACAGCGUACCCGUCACCGAUGCUAUCUUCGGGGUGCGGGCACGGACCCGCGCCCAGCCCCGGGCACACUCCAUCAUCAAGGUGCUGAGAGGUGGGGCCAAGCCCAUGUACCUCGACCCCCAGAAGCUCCCCGGCGUCGUCCCUGGCAACGCCCACCGUCCAAUCCCAGUCCUCUCCUCCCCAAACCACACACAGGAAAUCACAGCUAAGGACAAACACCCCAAGAGAGAGCGAGAGUCAUCGGGAUUCUUCACCUGGCUCUUGCCGCGCCCCUUCAGUCGGGCCAUGGAGACCCUGUUUGGGGGCCGUCGUCGCGGGGAGCUUAGUGGAACAGUCGGGGACGCAGAUUUUUUUGGUCCUCACAGAGCUCUGGGGGAGGUCUGGGACGACGAGAUGUCCAGUAGCAUGCUGGGGAAGAGGCUGAGGAAAGUGGUGCAGAACUAUCAGGCGAUGAAUAAGUAUGGUGUGGAGUUCUCUGGUCCUGGGGGAGUGGCCACUCGUCCUAAAGUGAGCGGCUCAGAGUUGCUGUGCCAGCUGAAGUACAAGGUAGACGUUGCGACCCUGACCCCUGACCUCGAGCCCUUCUCCUCUCUGCCCUGGGCAUACCAGCUGCCCCUACAACCCAUAACCUCUGACCUUGGACCCUACAAGAGCUGUGCAGUGGUAUCAUCGGCUGGGUCACUACGCUACUCUGGACUGGGCAAGGAGAUUGACUCCCAUGAUGCAGUGCUGCGGUUCAACGCAGCGCCCACCGUGGGGUACGAGAAAGAUGUCGGCUCCAAGACCACAGUCCGCCUCCUUAACUCCCAGGUGAUGGCAUCAGACGACCACCGCUUCCUGUCUAGCUCUCUGUACAGCACAGGUGUUCUGGUGGCCUGGGACCCUUCCCCCUUUUCUGCUGACCUCAGCCAGUGGUACAACAAGACUGACUACCCCAUCUUCGCCCAGUACCAGCGGUACAGGAGGCUCCACCCCCUCCAGCCCUUCUACAUCCUGCACCCCAGCUUUGAGUGGCAGCUCUGGCAGCGAAUCCAGGACAACAUGGCCGAGCCCAUCCAGAAGAACCCGCCCUCCUCCGGACUGCUGGGUACGGUUUUGAUGAUGUCCCUGUGUGAGGUAGUACACGUGUAUGAGUUCCUGCCAUCUCAGAGGAAGACAGAACUGUGUCACUACUACCAGCGCUUCUACGACGCAGCCUGCACUCUGGGUGCCUACCACCCCCUGCUCUACGAGAAGAACCUGGUCAAGAGGAUGAACCAGGGGCUCGACAGGGACAUCUACACCCACGGACGGGUCACCCUGCCUGGGUUCAGCACUCUCAACUGCACCCGGAGGCCUGAAAUUGUACCAGCAAGCGCUGACUGAGAUAAUAAGAGAGAUCAAAUUACAGUCAGAAACACACACAGGUGGUAAAUACAGAAACACAAUCAUAUUCACAAGCACAGCAUGUAUAACAAUAUGACUGACUACUUUAUCAUGUGCAAUCCCUUCAGACAAUCUCUAAAUCAUGGACUGAUGGACAUUGACAGACAUGUAUACAUGUUUGACACUGCCAUAACUAAAUGGAAUCUUGCAACUAAUGUAAAUACCCUUUACUCGCUCAAACACGCACAGGUGCACAGAAUUCCUUGUGACAGCACAUACAAGAAUUCACACACAUACAUCAUACAAUGGACUGUCUGCAAAAAAAAACACAAACUCACAGUUUUGCCGAUAUCCCUCUUUCCCUAUGUGAAUAUAAGCUAUAAGCGUAGUCAUUCCACUGUGAGGCGCUGUUGUCCUGUCUCUGUCUCAGGUUGUGACUGAGGGACAGAGAGAAGAGAGCAGCUCCUCUCUCAUUACUGAAGAUUGUCUCUGCAUGCCUGCCUUCAACUGCACUACCACACACACAUAUACACACCGAACCUGUACCCUAUGUGGACUAGUUGAAAAUGGACUUGAAGAGAAACUGAGGAGACUGCAUGAAGCUCUGACAAGAAGAGUGGCACCUCUUGGAUAUGCUAUAUAAUUGACCAUAGACCUGAUGGAGAUAAAUCCCUGAGUGAAAUGUGAAGGAAGCAACUGGAGUUCAUAGCAUGAUGCGUGACAUCUAAGGGCGACCCAGAGAUGACCUCAUCAAGACAUGGACCAGAUUACAUUGGGUCACAGAGGUUGUGCGGUGACACACACACACACACACACACACACACACACACACACACACACACACACACACACACACACACACACACACACACACACACACACACACACACACACACACACACACACACACACACACACACACACACCAGCCAGACUAGCAGUCUUCUCACUCAUGAAUGAACCAACCAUCCAGCCCACCAUGGACCAAUGAGAACUGAGAACAGUUGUUCUGGACUGGCUGAGGAUUUCGUGGGCAUCUAAUGCCCCUUUGUGGGUGAACAAAAUAACUGGAUUAUUGUAUUUCCUUCCAGGAAGAAAAAAUGGAAGUUUGUUAAAAGUAGAAGUUUGUUUUGGCAAAUAAAAACCAUGGUCUGCAUCCAAAAUGGCAACCCUGAUCUAAUCAAAUGAAGAAAGGAUUUCUAGGACUGCACUGAUCUACCGACUCUACGAGAACCAAAUAAUGCUUUAUUUGUCAUUUUUACUGAGAUGCAUAAUGACUUUAUAAUUUACACCUCCAAGGGGGCUUUAUAGAUUUAGAAUCAUCGAUGUCAUAAUAUUGAAAAUAUAAGUAGAAUGACAGUCAAACCCCUUGUUGUUGCACUUCUGUCCAUGUUUGCCAGCCUUUCUCCCCUACCCUGCCUGUUAUGUGUCAAAUGUCAUAGCAUCUCGUCAUUCUGCACUCAUAAGCUAAUUCUAUACCAUCCUGCUCAGACAACCCCAGUCUUCAUAGCAAACCACUGCUCACCUCGGUAACACUGCCCACACGUUAGCCGCCCCUACGUUACAAAACGCUUUUACCCAAUAUUGCACAAAAUGGUUGCUAACAUUGCCAAUAUGGUAGGGUUGCUGAUACAUUUUCAAUAGUAAGAAUGAUCCGAAUAAUGUAAUUGACUUUGAAUUUGUGUUCAGAUCAUUUGUUAAACCAACUGAAUGAAUGAAUGUGCUUCUGGAGUGUGCAUUGUUGCACUGCCUAUACAUACAUCCACCAUUUCCCAAUCAGCACAGAACAUUCUCCUAAUGUUGCCACAACAUUGGGAAAGUAAGGCUGUUUAUGUUAUUUUUAGACCAUGGCUAGGGGUGUUUUUAGAAUGUUUACAGAUGUUGUUUCCUUGGUUUCUUUGGGACUUCUGUCACCCUGAUAUCAAUGUGUACCACUGAACAGAAAUAUUAAUGCAAUGUUUAAAGUGUUGGUCCCAUGUUUCAUGAUCUGAAAUAAAAGAUCCCAGAAAUUUUC